AUAUAUAAAUGUAAUUUUACUCGGUUUAGCAUGGUUUAACCGUGGUUUAAACUCAAUUCGUCUUUUAAUGUGAGAAUUUUGUUAAGAAAGUUUCACUUUCAAUUUGAAUUUACCGGUUCUUGAUUUUCGGUUUGGUUUGGUAUGGUUCGAAGAAACAAAUCCCAUACGCAUUAGCAACGGCUAUUUCUUUUGUCUCUAACCAAACUGGGAUUAGAAAAGAAACGAGAAGACAGAAAUUGCGGUAAUGACUCUUCUUCAUCUGACAUCGCAUCUCAGUAGGUUUCAUUUUCUUAAUCCACAAAAAAGUCUGAGACUUUCAUCAAUUUCUCGAGUUUCUUCUUCGAUUUCACAUCGGACCCAGUUUCAAAGUUUGGUUCUUUGUGCAAAGAAGAGGAAACAAAGAGUUGGGUAUCGAAGAAUCACGAGGUUUCUGUUCAAUUCACUGUCUUUAUUGGCACCUAAUCUCCAGAUUUUACCACAGCCCUUGGAUCUUGUCAUUGCUGAUUUGGGCGGCGUAGAUGGAGGAGGAGGAGGAAGAGGAGGGUUAGGGUUUUGGAGAGGAUGGGGAAGAUUUGAUGGAUGGAGAAGGAAAAAGAACAAAGUGCCAAUUUUGGUUUUUGUUUGUGUGAUUCUUUGGAUUUAUGGUUUUUGCAAAAUCUCUGGGAUAGAGAUUAAGAGUGAAUUGGUUUUGAAGGUUUUGGGGCUUUGUUUAUUUGGUGUCACUGUGGUUAAAGAGUUGAAGAGAGAAGCUAGAUUUUUGGUGUUUGGGUUUCUCUGCGUCGUUGCUUCAUUGGUUUUUGGAUACAAGAAAGAGAAUUUUGUGAAGUUAGCUUCAAGAGUUAGAUCUUGUUCUUCAGUUCUUCUUGGUAAUAAGAGAAGUCGUAGAAGAGUGUAAAUAGAGAGGAAGAUUAGUGAUUCUGUUGUUUACUCCAUUAUCUUUCAAUUGAGAUUUUUUUUGCUAAACUUUGUUGAAUUUGUCUGCAAUUGGAUUUGAUGAACGAUUCCAGUUUUGUUUACCAACUCAUACCUAUCUUCAUGAUUAGA